UGGGGAUUUUUGUAAAUCAGGAAGUUGGAUAAGUUUGGAACAUUGUUAUGAAUCUACACAAGAAAGGCUUGAAAAACAUUCAAGUCAUAAAGAACGAUUUUUGGAGGCAAGCGUUUACGCUCAACGAACAGCAGAUCAAUUUAUGAAUUUUAUGAGACGUAUACAAGCACCUAGAGAACAUGUAGAAUCACGUCUAUAUGAAGUCCAAAAAUAUAAGGAUACAAUAAGAGAACGACAACAAAUAAUUUUACGUUUAUGGACUGAAUGUAAUACAAAAAUUGACAAAUGCAAAAAUUGUACAAAAAUUAAAUUGAUGGCAAAAAAUGUUAUAGACUGGUCAGAUAGAGAAUUGGCUAGCUGCGUUUUAAUUUUAGAUAAUGUUGAAAAAGCACAAAAAUUGGAUUUGUUAUCUAGACGGAAAAAAUUGGAAGAAUUGUUGGAACAUUGUUUAACGUUGAGGGAUUUGGUUAAGUUUUUAGAAUAAAUUC